GAUGCUCUACCAAUUCAUUAUGCCUGUACUAGUGGUGUAAUACAACUAGUGACAUUUCUAAUUGAUGUAAUAAAAUGUGAUGUCAAAACUGAAGGUAAGACUGGCUUCACUUGUGUCACUCAAGCAUGUCUCUCUGGUAAUCUUGAUCUUUUAAAAUUAUUAAUAAAACAAUACAAACUUAAUCUUAGAAUAUUUGGCAUAGCAUCAUCACCAGAAGCUGCAGUGAGGAAAGGACAUGUUCAUAUACUAGAAUGGCUCAGACAAGAGUAUCAUAUCAAUGUAGCCUCAUUUAAGAAUGGUUUAUUACCUUUUUAUGCUGCACAAGACAACCGUUUGUAUUGUUUAAAGCAUUUAUUAAACAAUUAUUCAUUUGAUGUUAAUGCCACUAAACCCUUUUAUGGUACUCCAUCUACACUCCUUCACAUAGCAUGUCAGGAAGGACAUGUUGCUAUAGUUCUCUACCUCACUAGUCUCCCUCAGUGUGACGUAUCAGCUAAAACUUCAAAUGGAUCAACAGUUCUUCAUUUAUCAUGUAAAUGUCAUUCUCUUCCUAUACUCAAACAUCUAGUGGAGGAGCAUCAGUUGGAUCUCACUAUUAAAGAUUACAAUGGAAUGGCUCCAGUUCAUGUAGCCUGUGAAGAAGGAUCAUUGAGUAUAGUCAAGUACAUUAUAGACCAUUCACCAUUAUCUCUUGAUAUGACCAACUCUUUUGGACGUACUCCACUACUUAUUGCAGCUUUCUCCAAGAACCUUCCCAUCAUUCGUUACCUCAACAGUAAAAACUGCAACAUUUCUAUACUGGACGAUAAAGGGUUUAACGUAAUACACAUAUCGGCAAAGGGAGGGUCUUUGGAUAUAUUAAGGUUUUUCAUUGAUGGUCGUUACUGUAAUCCUGAUAUCACUGAUGCUUCUGAUCGUACUCCACUUUAU